CCGGCCGCGGGGUGGCGCUGUGAGCGCUGUGAGCUUGGGGACAUGGACGCGCUGACAUUGAACCUGCUUCAAGAAAAUCUCAAACAGGAGCGACUGAACAGCCCGCUGAUGCGUGAUGCACCCUGCAGGCUCGUGUACACACACAUUCACGUGUGGGGACACAGAUAAGUCCAGCGCCAGAGCCUUUUAUACUGGACUGCUAGAGGCAUUUUGUAUGUCUGCCCUUCCUCAAGUGCAUGCAGCUGACGUUGCUGAUCUGCAGGCCAGUCUUCAGUCGUUACCCAAGCACGUGGGCAGGCCAGAGUUUCCAGACACCGGAUGGGACCGCAUUAAAGAUCUGUUCGACCGAGGAGAUGGUCAGGUGUACCCAGAAGAGAUGAGGAACGUAGCCAAGAGUGCUCUGACAGCGGCCGUGGUGGGACUGUUUUAUGGAGGUCUCCCCGCAGCCCGACAUGCCCGCGAGAGAUUCAUCCAGCUGAGCCAGGCUGAAAUCUACCGCAGCAGAGUGGAAGCAGUGCGUUCUGCUCAUAACGCGGCUAUCCGUGGCUUUGUGAGAUACGGCUGGAGGUGGAGCUGGAGAGUCGCCGGCUUUGUUACACUUUUUAACACUAUCAGUACAGGCAUUUCUGUAUACAGAGACAGUAACGCCUUGAGUCAUUUCUCCGUGGCUGGGGCUGUGACUGGAGGUGUGUUUCGGAUGAACCUGGGCUUUCGGGGAUUGGUGGCAGGAUCAGCUAUUGGAGCUGCGCUGGGUGUGCCUGCUGGAGCGUUAAUUGUUGGACUACAGAAGCUGGGAGGAGAGACCAUGCGAGAAAAGCGACGACGGGAGCGAAGAGAACUGUACGAGCUCAGAGUGGCCGAAUGGAAUGCACGUUUGCAGCUUACUGAAGGGAUAAUCGGUGAAUUUAGUGGCCGGGACCAAGACGCGCAAAAUGACCUUCAGCGAAUCAGUGAGCUUCUUAGUCAACCAAGGAAUGAAGAUUCAACAAAGGAGUCGUAACAGAUCUAAUUAAAGUGACUGUCUAAAUUCAUAGAGUAUAACAUAUUAUAUUGACAAAUGAACUGGUUCGUCAGACGGAAGGUGUAUGUACAGGAUUUAAACUUGAAGCUAAAUCGGUUGUUCGUAAGACAAAUAACAACAAAGGUGGACAGAAUGACCUGAAUAUUUUUUGUUAUUUGCACGGCAAUCAUCAGCAUUUUCAUUUCAUUUUGUGUUGAAUUAAAUGCUGUUCAAACUCGUAUGCUUCAAACCAAGUCUUCACAAUCUUUUUGUCCUUGUAAAAAAGUUUUAAAUGGAAGUUGUUUCUUGUGUGUCUUUGGUGCAUGGAAU